AAGAGACAACACAACAAUAACUACGACCACCUCACUUCUCUUCCAUUUACAGUAUCUCUCUAACAUUCGUCUUUUUGUAGUUUUCUCUGAGAGCAGAGAGACAGAAAGGAGUGGAUUCUUACAGAUAUACAGAACAAGUUGAUAUAAUUUGGCUCCGUUUUUCCAUCCAAGUUUAGUCAAAAUGCAGCUUCAUAUAUCCCCGAGUUUGAGACAUGUAACUGUAUUUACAGGGAAGGGAGUAAGAGAUUUCAUGAAAGUAAAGGUUGGAUCAAGACGGGUUUCGUAUCGGAUGGUUUUUUACUCGUUAUUGCUCUUAACAUUUUUACUUCGGUUUAUAUUCGUCUUAACAGCUAUGGAUACCAUUGAUGGGGAGACCAAGUGUUCAACUAUGGGAUGCGUGGGGAAAAGAUUAGGACCAAGAUUUUUCGGAAGACGGAUGGAUUCAGCGGUACCAGAAGAGGUUUAUAGGAUACUAGAAGAAAACGUUAAUCAAGAAAGUAUACAAGGACUAGGAAAAGACCAACUAGUUCCACAGACGUUAGAGGACUUUGUUGCAGAAAUGAGAACAACCAAGUCUGAUUUGAAGACAUUUAGUAUGCGACUUAAAGCUAUGGUCACCUUACUUGAACAAAGGACACGAAGUGCCAAGAUCCAAGAAUACAUAUACCGUCAUGUUGCAUCCAGUAGUAUACCAAAACCACUUCACUGUCUUUCCUUGAAAUUAGCCAAUGAGCACAAAAACAAUGCAGGUGCACGACUUCAGCUCCCUGCAGCAGAGUUUGUGCCAAAUCUCGUCGACAAUUCUUUCUUUCACGUCGUCCUCGCCUCUGAUAAUGUUCUGGCUGCCUCGGUCGUUGCUGCAUCUCUUGUGCGCAAUGCAUUGCGUCCUGAAAAGGUUGUCCUUCACAUGAUAACUGAUCGGAAGACAUAUUCAACCAUGCACGCCUGGUUCUCUUUGCACCCUUUAGAUCCGGCUAUCAUUGAAGUUAAAGGGAUGCACCACUUUGAUUGGUUCACAAAAGGAAAAGUUCCAGUACUGGAAGCCAUGGAAAAGGACCAGAAGGUUAGGUCACAGUUUAGAGGUGGAUCUUCCGCAAUUGUCAAUGCAAAUACCACUGAGAAGCCUUAUGUCAUUGCGUCCAAGCUUCAAGCUCUUAGUCCCAAGUACAAUUCAGCAAUGAAUCACAUUCGUAUCUACUUACCUGAGUUGUUUCCUAGCUUAAACAAAAUAGUAUUUUUGGAUGACGACAUCGUCAUUCAAACUGAUCUUUCACCUCUCUGGGAUAUAAAUAUGGAAGGAAAAGUGAAUGGAGCAGUAAAAACAUGUAGAGGAGAUGAUAAGUUUGUAAUGUCUAAAAGAUUCAAGAGCUACUUGAACUUCUCGCAUCCGAUAGUAAAACAAAACUUCGACCCAAAUGAAUGCGCUUGGGCUUAUGGGAUGAACAUUUUGGACUUGGAAGCAUGGAGGAAAACUAACAUUAGCGAGACCUACCAUUACUGGCUUCAACAGAAUCUGAAGUCCGAGUUGAGUCUAUGGCAGUUAGGGACAUUGCCCCCUAGUCUUAUAGCUUUUCAUGGUCAUGUUUACACCAUUGAUCCUUUCUGGCACAUGUUAGGACUUGGUUAUCAAGAAAACACAACUACAGCUGAAGCCGAAAAGGCUGGUGUAAUCCACUUUAAUGGUCGAGCGAAGCCUUGGCUCGACAUAGCUUUUCCCCAACUUCGAGUAUUAUGGGCCAAGUAUGUUGAUUUUUCUGACAAGUUUAUUAAGAGCUGCCACAUCAGAGCCUCUUAGUUUUAAACUUAAUGAAGAAAGAAAGUUCAGAUGAUAUGUGCAUAGUAUAGUGAACAAAUUUCAAGAAUUUGAGAAGACUUGGAAAGAAUUGGUGGUUGAUUAGGUUUUGAGAGGCUUGAACAUUGGAAGAACAUAGCACUGACUCUGGUUUCAACUUCUCUAGAUGGAACUGCUAUUCUUGUUACUUUUCGUUCUUUCGUUUUUCCUUUUACCUCAUCGAAGUUGGGAAUUUUUUUAUUUUUUGAAUUUUAUUCUUUUGAGCCAGCUCCUUGUAUUUAUAAAUUUAAAAGGUAGAGUUUAAUGGAAAAUUUUAUAAUACUAUCUGAA